AUGACACAGAAUGCUGGAGUAAACAGAUCUUUGCUGAAGUCUGACUUAGACAAGCAAGAUAAUUAUCUGAAGGAUAACGGUCCACAAUUUUUGGAUGGGCCUUAUGAAGCUACAGUUCCUGAAAUGUCUCCAGAAGGUACCUCAGUCAUUCAGGUGACGGCAACAUACCCAACAGGUGUUCGUCUGAUUUAUAGUAUUCUGCCAGAACAGCCCUAUUUUUCUGUGGAACCAACUUCAGGUGUGGUUAGAACAGCCUAUCCAGGAGACAGAGAAACCCAGGAUAAGUAUUUUGUUGUUAUCAAAGCUACAGUCAAACAAAUUGGUGGACCUUCAGGAACAACAACAGUGACUAUUAAUCUUUCUGAUGUUAAUGACAAUCCUCCUCGUUUUCAACAUAAGCGCUAUGAAAUGAAUGUAUCCGAGGCAGCUCCCGUGGGCACCAUCCUUGGCAAAAUCAUGGCAAAUGACAGUGACAUAGGAGACAAUGCAGCUAUGGAUUAUAUAAUAGAAGAAGAUAACCCACAUAUCAUUUGUAUCAUUACUAAGAAUGACACCCAGGAAGGAAUUGUCAUAUUGAACAAGACAGUUGAUUAUGAAAGCCAAAGGGCAUACAAAAUCAAAGUAAAAGGCAUAAACAGGCAUGUUGAAAAACGGUUCCUUGAAAAAGACACUAAGUUUGAAGAUGAAACGAUUCUCAGGAUCAUAGUGAAGGAUACUGAUGAACCUCCAGUUUUUGUAUUAGAUGAAUUCUUCAUGGAGGUUGCUGAAGACAACUUGAAAGGCUCAUUGGUGGGAACUGUGAGUGCCAGUGAUCCAGAUGAUAUUGACAGCCCAAUCAGAUAUUCUAUUGCCCACCGCAAGUACGUAAAGGAGUUUUUCAGUAUCGAUGCCCACAAUGGAACAAUUAGUAUAACUGAACAUCUGGACCGCGAGAAACAGAUUUGGCACAACCUAACUGUUACUGCUAUAGAAUCAAUAAACCCAAAACAAAUGUCAGAAGUAAAUGUUUAUAUUAAAGUUCUUGAUGCAAAUGAAUAUGCGCCAGAAUUUGCAGAAAACUAUGAGACUUAUGUGUGUGAGAAUUCAAGAGCUGGACAGCUCAUCCAAACAAUCAGUGCAGUAGAUAAAGAUGAUGCUAUGGAAAACCAUAAUUUUUCAUUCUAUUUGAUGGAAGAGAGCAAAAACAGUUCCAGUUUUGAACUUGAAGAUAAUGAAAAUAACACUGCCAGGAUCCUUACUACAAGAAGUCGGUUCCAUCAUUCUGAACAAUUUCUUUAUCCCUUGCCCAUACUAAUUGUGGACAAUGGAAUCCCUGCUCUCACUGGCACCAGCACUUUAACGGUCACUGUGUGUGAUUGUAAUGAAGAAGUUAGCCUUUUGUCCUGUAGAUACAGAGCAUUCCUGAUUUCAAUGGGGAUUAGUGUACAAGCUUUAGUUGCUAUCGUGGCUUGCCUACUCAUAUUAGUAUUUGUUUUAGCAGUUGUGGCUUUGAAGCACCAAACAAAGCCAGCAGCAUUUCACGAGAAAGGAGAAAUAUUCAGAGAGAAUAUUUUCAAGUAUGAUGAUGAAGGAGGUGGAGAACAGGACACUGAAGCUUUUGAUAUUUCUGCACUGAGACCACAAACUGUUAUGCGGCAACACAAGCCACGAAGAAAUAUUACAACAGAAAUCCAGAGCCUUUACAGGCAAUCUCUUCAAGUUGGUCCUGAAAGUGCAAUAUUCCGGGAAUUCAUUAAUCAAAAGCUAGAAGAAGCCAAUUGUGAUCCAGAUGUUCCUCCUUAUGAUUCCCUCCAGAUAUUUGCUUUUGAAGGAACAGGUUCAUUGGCUGGGUCCCUUAGUUCAUUGGAAUCAAACUCAGAGGGAUCACUUAUGGAUGACCAUGAUGAUUACCUUGUUGAACUAAGACCGCAAGUCAAAAGUUCAGGAAGCGUGAAUAACUACAGUUCAGCAGAAUGGUGAAGUGCUAAGAAGUGAAGUGCUAAUAUCAAAAGAGUGGGAAAGAAUUGGAGGGGUGAUUAGGAUAAUAUGAAAAAAAUCAGAAGACAGAGAAAUUGAUGGCUCUGCCAAGCACUGUUCAACUCAGCACAAAUCUUAUUGCUGACACAUCAUUUUCUAAUACACACUAUCACAACUGAAAAAAAAUAUGUCAGCACAUGGGAAUAAGAGAUCAGCCACAUACACUCUUAAAAAGAAGAUUCUGAAAUAAAUAACAAAUUGUGCUACUCUCAUAUUAUCUUUUGGGUCUUAGCAGGCACAGGGAUAUUUUAUUUUGCAAAAGCCAUAUUGAAAUCAUGAGCAGAAACUGUAUUUUCUAAGAAAGUUUUCAGCAAAAGAAAGACACUAGAGUGCAGAAUUUUAAUUUUUGAACUUUUUACAAAACUGUAAAUAUAUUGACCAAUUUAAUUAUCAUCAUAGUAAAAUAAUAUAUGCACACACACUUUGUUUUAAAAUAUAAAUGCAAUAUAUGAAAUUAUAUAUGAAUGAAUUUAGAAACAUGAAAAAUAAUGUGGGUGGAGGAAUAUCAAAAUAAUAUGUAUUUUCCAUUAUCCCCAAAUCAAACCUCCUAUACUUUCCUACAGUUGGCUUAAGUUUCACAGCUUUUUUUCCAGAUAAAUUAACCAGUUUACUAUUACACAUAACUUAGCAUUUGAUUGUUGCUUAUGUAUCUAUAUAUUCUUUAGAAUAUAAAUUAUUUUAUUUUUCUAAAGCACAGUAGAAUAAAAGCAUGGUUUGUUAAUAAAUGUGGAAUCACUGUACUGGAAUUAGAGAUUGAACAGUUGCAAGAUAUUAUUUGAAUUUGUGAUUCAAGAAUUAAGUAAAAGAAGUUAUUCAAGUUUCAAUAUUUGAUUAAAUUUUAAAACAUUGACCAUGGAAUAUUAUGGGAAAAUAUUUGUGACUUCCACUCUUGGGGAAAUGGGAUGAAAAUAGCAAAAAUGACUAUAGGAUAUUAACCAAAGUGUUACUUACAAAGCUUCAAGAAAUCCAUCACAAUCAAAUUUUAAAAUAUUCUCUGUAUUUCCCUUAAGGCAGGAAUAGGUUUAGAGAAAAAAAAGACUAAACCAAUCUUUAGAUUUUCAGCAAAUUGCCUACAGUGAACUGUACCAAACCACUGCAGAAAAUGAAAGAAAGAAAGAAAGAAAGAAAGAAAGAAAGAAAGAAAGAAAGAAAGAAAGAAAGAAAGAAAGAAAGAAAGCUUUUGUUAAAGAUUAAAGAGUUUACCCACUGGACUUAGAACCUACUAGUUUAUUGGUUUGCCUUAUUGUCAAGGGUAGCCACACUUGUUUAUGGAACAAUUUAAAAGCAUGUGUGAGAAGCAAAUGCAUUAAGACUUCUUUGUAUAUAAUACAAUGCUAUAUAAAGGAAUACUCUAUUAUACACAAUAGACUAAAAACCAAGCAUAUAUCUAAGAGUCAUUUAUUUGCUGAACAUGCAAAAACAAAAACAGACUUUUUGUCCUGUUUAAUAUUUUGAAGGGAUGGUGGGAAGAAUGCAAAAGACUAUAAGGGAAACUGAAAGAAUAGAGAUUGCCUUACCAUUCAAAUAGAGUUAUUUGGUAGUUAAUGAAUGAUAUGAAUUUGAGGAAGAGGUGAUAAAACACAGAGAGAGCAAAAUAAAUUCAAAGAUGUCUCUUCUUUUGUCCUUCCAGGCAGACCUAUAUAUUAAAAAAAACCUAACUGAAAAGUAAGAAACAAAUAACAAAAUAAUAUUCUCCCAAGUAUUCUGAUAAGCAGGGUUGAUGAAGGAGAUCAAACCCAAUGGUUGAUGCCAGUAUUGGAUCCCAUUACCUUAUUCAUGAGAUCAUUCUGCAGCAAUGUUUAAGCAUUGGUGAUUCCCGAAUCUUCUUUGAACUCUGAAACAAUUUGAAUCAUCUAAUUCAGUUCAAUGUCUCAGAGACAUUUGAUUUGAAGGGAUAAUUUGAUAGAAUCUGAUGAACUUGAAGACCUUUCAAAGCUUUGCAAAACCUUAAUAGUCAACUUGUAUUCACAGUUGUUAGUUUUCAAAAUUCAUUUAGAAAUUUAUUGAUUUCUCACUGGCAGAAAUCUGAAAAAGUUAAAAUCGAGCAAUUUCAAGAAUAAAUUCAUUUUAAUUGCACUAAACAGCUUGUGUUACAAUAUAUAAAAACAAAGGCUAUUCAUAUCUACUGUAGCUCUUCCCUUCUUAAAAAAUGAUUGACUUCCCAGUCAGUUAUUUUAUUUUUAUUAUACAAUAUAAAAUUAGCUUCAGCAAUCAUUUUUAUUAUCAGAAUAUUAAACAUCUU